GGGAGGGGGGAAGAGGAGGAGGAUGAGGAGGAGGAGGAGGAGGUAGAGAGGAGCAAAAUCUCGAGGUUUGGCGGUAGUGACAAUGCCAGUUUCUCGCGGGCUAGUUGGAGUCGAGGGCGACGACGGGAUCGAGAAGUGAGAGACAAGCUAGCUGCUAUAUCAGCCGCUGGCCGCGCGCUGAUUGUGUGGUGUGUCUAGUGAUACGAGACGAUGACGAUUGCGCGAAUGAGAUCCGCGCUAGUCGCGGGCCUUCUCCUGAGCCUUCUGGCUGUCGCCUUACAAGGUGUCCUGUGCGAGGAGGAGCCAGAGCAAAUCCCGCCGGAAGACUUGUGUCGACCGUACAUAGAAAAGGCGCUCAAGAACCUCGGUACAGGAUCUCUGGAGCAGACCAGUGCAGAGGUUGAAGUCGAGGUCGUCGAUCGGGAGAGUCACGAGGAAACAGAGGCUGCGAGUGAAGAGGCGCCAGCUGACGAAGCAUCGGCAAACGAUGCUUCGGAAGAGGUAGGCGAGGUCGUCAAGGACGAGGAGGAAUCCGCGGAAGACGAUGUUGAAAAGACAGCUAGCGAAAGUAAGGAAGCGACUGAAGAACAAGUCGAGACUAGCGAGGAAAUUGUAAAAGACAAAUCCGGAAGGGAUGAAGAUGAACAAGAAAGCGACGAAGUCAGAACUAUCGAGAGUGAUGAAGUCAGCGCCGCUCAAGAAGGGGAAACGGAGGAAGCGACUGAUGCGUCCGCCGAGAUAACUGUGGAAAAACAUGCCGACUCGGUACCCGAAAAGGUAACCGAAAGCGACGAGGGCUCCGAACAGACGACAGCCAACGAGAAAGAUGAAAAGUCCGACGAAGAGAACUCAGACGAGGAAGAAGCAAAAAUAGUAGAAGACGAAAAGUCUGAGGAGGAAAAAGUAUACGAAGCAAAAUCCGAGGUGGAAGAGGAAGAAGCCGCAGAGAAGCCGAAAAGCGAGGAAGAGGAGCAUGAGGAAAAGGAGGAAUCCAGAGAAAUCAGCGAGCAAGCGGUAGUAGAGUCCGAGGAAGAAGAUAAGAUAGAGUCUGAAAUUCAACGAACAUCCGCAGAAGUUAGCGACGAAGAGGAGGAAGUCGAAGAGGGUGCCGCCGAAUCGACCGCCGAGGAUCGAGAACAGAUGAGCGGCGAAAGCGCUGAGGAGGAGGCUGUAAGUAAAACGGAGGAAAAAGAAAGUGAAGAAGAGACUAUUGAGGUAACGAGUCCCGAAAGUACAGAAGAAGGUACAAAGUUGACAGAAGAGGAAGAAGAAACGAAGGAAGCAGGUACAAUUUCUGCCGAGGAAGAGAAAGAUGGAAAAUCUGCAGUGGAUGAGACGAAAUCCGCGGAGGAGGAAGAAGAGGAGAGGGAGGAAGAAGAAGAAGAAGAAGAAGAAGUGAGGAAGAAAUCUGAGGAAGAGGGAACGAGAUGCGAGGAUAAUGCGGAAUGUGAGCAAUCCGUCGAACAGGAAGAUCGGGAGAAGAGCGAAGCGAAAUCCGCGGAAGAAGAAGAAGAAGACGCGAGGAAGGAGAAAGAAAAGACGGAGGAAAAGUCGGAGGAAGAGGAAGGAGGGAGAGGAAGGAAGUCUGACGAAGAAGAGGAUCAGGAUGUCAAGUCACGCGGAAGACGAGAAGUCGGCGAUGAGGAAGACGCUGAAGCAACUGGCGAGUCUACGGAGGAAGCUGUUAGCGAGGAAGAACAGGAGUUUACUCCGGAGGAGGAUCUCAUUCGGGAUAUCGAAAUACCGGAGAAUCUUCGGCCUAGAGAUCACAUUAAUCAACUGUUGAAAUUGGACGAGGAAAACGAGGAGAAGGAGCGAGCCGUACAAAGAGUGGCGGAUAUCAUUCUCCGGGAGCUCAAGAGACUGUACGACAACGCUAUACAGCCGUUAGAGGCCAUGUACAGGUACAGGGACCUGAGCAACAGACACUUCGGAGAUCCCGAGAUAUUUUCCAAGCCACUAGUGCUCUUUAUGGGUCCGUGGAGCGGCGGAAAGUCGUCGAUCAUCAAUUACCUGCUUGACAUCGAGUACAAGCCGAUGUCGUUGAGGACAGCUAUGGAAAUGACUAUGGUAGGAGCCGAGCCAUCCCCGGCGUACUUUAACAUAAUAAUGCACGGCGAGGAGGAAGAGAUCCUCGACGGCACGCAGCUGGCCGCCGACUGGACCUUUUCAGGAUUGCAAAAGUUUGGCCAGGGUAUGCUGGAUCGUCUCAGAGGCCUACGACUCGACAACAAGUUGCUGGAAAAGGUGAAUAUCGUCGAGAUACCGGGAAUCUUGGAGAUUCGUAAGCAAGUUCAACGUUUAUUUCCCUUCAACGACGCGUGCCAGUGGUUCAUCGAUCGAGCGGACAUAAUAUUUUUGGUUUACGACCCCGCCAAACUGGACGUCGGACCCGAGACCGAGGCGAUUCUGGACCAGUUGAAGGGAAGGGAAUAUCAGACCCGCAUCAUUCUCAACAAGGCGGACCAGGUAAAACCGGAGGAACUGAUGAGAGUGCAAGGCGCAUUAAUAUGGAAUAUAUCGCCGCUGAUGUCGAGCGCGGAGCCGCCGAUAAUGUACUCCGCAUCUUUGUGGUCGUUGCCCUACGAAGCCGGUGCGCCUACCAGACUGCUGUACGCUCAGGAACGCGCAUUCCUGCGCGAUCUACGCUCCGCGAUAAACAAGAGGGUUGAGCACAAGAUAGCGAGCGCCAGAAGAUUUGCCGUACGAGUGCGCAACCACGCGAAGAUGGUGGACUGCUACCUGACGACGUACUACAAUCACAAGACAUUCUUCGGCGACAAGCGGCAAAUCAGCGACAAAAUUAUCGAAAAUCCGCAGGAUUAUCACAUCUACGAGGGUCUCAGCACUCUGACCAACAUAUCGCGAUACGAUCUACCCGAUCCGGAUGUUUAUCGUGACUUCUUCCGAUUGAAUCCGCUCUACGACUUCCCACUAUUGAGCUCCACGUGCACGUACUUCCGGGGCUGCCCGAUCAACAGGCUCGACGUAGCUAUCGCCUACGAUCUACCCGAACUGGUGGGCAAGUAUAAAAAGUCGGUGGAAGCGGUGCUGCACGAGAGCGAGGUUAACAGUCCUGCGAGUUGAGUGCGAGUCCGUAGUACGGAAUAGAAUAGAAUAGCUCUUGAUACCAUGUGAAAUACGGACUGACGUGAGGCCUAACCGACUCCGAAAUGUGCCUUGGUAGCGCAAAGAUCAAGAGCGACUCGUUGAAGCCGAGCCAGAGCACGGCGAAAAUGGUCCGAUAUUUGAGAUGGUACCGAGGACUUUCUCUUCUUUUGGAAAUCUCGGAGAAAUUGGAUCGCGCGCUAUCCUUGCGCUAUCCUAUUCGAGGCGCUCCUCGAAACGAGGACAAGCGGUGAAUCUGCGAAAGGAGCUCUGACGAUCACAAAAAGGAAAGAGAGAAGGCGGAGCGGGGAAGAGCAGGAAGCAGUCCCGAAAUGCAAGAGCUGGGAUACCGCUCAUACCGCUCAUCUAUCAGGAGGAUAGCGAGCUUAACGCCAAGUAUCUAUAAAUCCGAAUAGCUUAGCCUCGUCUGCCUCAUAAUAGGGGGACAGAACACGCAAAGAUCGACGAGUGUACAUCUUGUCAAAUGUCAGUGGAUACAACUCCUCCUUCUUCUUCUUCUUCUUCUCCUCCUCCUCCUCCUCCCCCCUCCCACCCCCUCCUCCUCCUCCUCCUCCUCCUCCUCCUCCUCCUCCUCGAUUGCAGAGAAGAGCAAGUGUUGCUUGUCUGGUAAACAAUGCGAGUGCUACCAUUCCGAUCCAAAAGCGGACAGUGAGAGUUCCUUUCGAAUAUCAGUGUUCAGAUAUCGGUUCCUCUCAGCGAGAACGCGAGGAUUCACGGUGCAACAAAAAUGUCGCAAAUUCGUUUUUACAUAAAUUCACUGAAAAUGA